UGCAGAAUCCCCCGUCGCGCGCCCGUUUUGUCCUGUGCCUUCUGCUUCUCUCCGCGGUUCAUGGGAGACUAGGGCGGGGCGUGAGAGGAGAGGGAGAAUGUUGCCUCUGUGUGUCAGUCUCGUUCGGAAAGUGAUGGGUUGCGCUCUGGUUCCAUUCAUCACACCGCGCCGUCGUGGGCACCGGGCUUAGCCAGCGAAAUCGACCAUUAUUCACAACUGAUGGCCAAAAUUAGAGGCCUUUGACAUCAGAACGCUGGCUGUAGCGGGCAUAUCCACGUAUAGGUGAAAGGGAGAGCACGCCAUCGUUCGCCUUAGGUCGGGUGUGAGGGGGGACUGGCAGCGGUCUGAUGCUGCAGAAAAUUCGCCAUUGUUUCCAUGAGCCGGCGACCGAACGACACUGAAAUUUAAAGAAAAGUCUUCUGUUCAAUGUGCUGCCAAGGUUUUAUCGGAACCAUCACCUCAAUGUUGCCUUAUAUAAUAUGCCUCCUUUGCAGCAUCCAGAGCACCUCAUCCUUCCAGGUCACGGUCAGAGAUGACAACAGCAUGGUGAUGCUCCUGGAGCCCGAGGACCUGAUGGACAAUGCCACUGCAUACGCGGUCAAGGUGGCUGGCGAGCCCAGGGUCCACAUCCUGCAGUUUGAGAAUGCAGAUGGCGCCCAGCCCGCCCCGCUCACCUUCAACGCCUCGUACCAUGGCCUCUGCUACUCGGUCAGCCUCGUGGCCAGUAACGGCACCCUGCGGCCAAGGACGGUCAAGACCGUAACCAUCCUCACACAGCCUCUUCCAGUUGAGAGUGUCUCCAUCCAUGACUACCAGCCUUCUCCAGAGACAGGAGUGGUGUUUGAGAUCAAGACUGCUGAGAAUAAUUUUUUCACCAGGGUAAACAUCAGCUAUGUAGAGGGGCGGGAACAGAGGUCCAUGCUGUACAAAGAUUUCUUCAGGGGGAAAACUGUCUUUAAGCACUGGCUGCCAGGGACCUGCUACAGCAACAUUACAUUCCGGCUGGUGUCCGAGGCCACCGUCAACAAGAGUACGCUAGUGCGCCAAAGCGGAGUAGGCCAGGAGGCCACCAGUCACAGGACAGUGCCCAACCCUCCGCUCAACAUCUCCAUGAAGAUCGUCCACCUCAGCGGCGGGGCCCCGUCGGGGGGGUCUCAUCGCAGCAGGCUGCACCCCCGCAGGGCCCGAGACGUCCCCCUUAUGGAGGAACAGGAGGAGGCAGAAGCUCACGAGGAAGAGGAGGAACCUGGGCAGGAUGUUCAAGAAGGCCCCGUCCAAAGCACAAAUGAGACCUACAGCUCGGUAGGCGAGCCCGGCGACGAGAGCACCACCCAACCCUACUGGCCGGAGGCCGUCGGCAGUCCCGCCCCCACGGAGGAGGAGUUUGUGAAUGCGGUGGUGCCGGAGUACGAGGACUCCAACGAGCCUGGCUCUGGCAUGGACACGUCGCUGCCCCCCGAGCCCUCUGUCGCCCCCACCAGGCUGCCCCCUGUCCUGCUGGAGCUCCGCUGGCAGCCCCCGAGCCCUCCCACCAACUUUGAUGGCUUCAGCAUCUACAUCUACAGGGAUGGUAACUCUACAGAGAUGGCCACUGUGGAUGAAAACACUCAUGAGUUCUUCGCGGAGCUGACGGAACCAGGGACCUACAGAGUGCUGGUGACAACGCUCAGCUCAUCGGGGGACUGCGACCCCCGGGAGAGCACCAGCGACACCAGCUUCACCUUCUACCUCAGUCCCGGCGGUGAGUGGUUUGAGCAGCCGACAGAGAGGCCGCAGGCAGUCAGAGUGAGGCCGCUGAGCUCCAGCACGGCGGCCGUGUCCUGGGCGCCAACAUCUGAGAGUCACAACGGCUCUUUGGUCUCUGUGCUGUCCCUCACCUGCCUCAAACCCAGCCUCAGCCAGAGGAUGGAGAACACCUUCUGCAGCGAGGAAAAUACCACUAGUGACAUCAUCACAAAUUUGACCCCCGGGGCGCAGUACAGGGUGGUGGUCUAUCUGACGAAUGGUCCCCUCAUCAGCCCUCCUUCAGACCCUUUCAUCAUCGGGAUAGAGCCCACGGGGGUGCGGGACCUGGUUGUGUACCCGCUCAGCCCCACGGCGGUAAUUCUGAGCUGGCAGCGCUCCUACCACGUGGCCUUCCGCAAGUACAUCCUGGAGACGUUCUUCUUCAACCCUGUGACCCUCACGUCCCAGUGGACCACCUACUACGAGAUCGCCGCCACCGCCUCGGUCACCGCCUCAGUGAGGGUGACCGAUCUGCUGCCUGCCUGGUACUACAACUUCCGCGUCACUAUGGUAACCUGGAGCGAGCCAGCCCUCAGCUGCUGCGACAGUUCCACCGUUAGCUUCAUCACAGCCCCUGAGGCUCCGCAUAUCUCCUCGGUGGACUACUCCAACAGCCUACUGUAUGUGCGCUGGACCUACGGGGACAUCUUCACCGACCUCUCCCACUCCAGGAUGCUACACUGGCUGGUGGUGGCCGAGGGAAAAAAGGGAUCAAAGCGGCGCAUCUCCGUGGAUGUGACGCGCACAGUCAUGAAGGCAACGUUGACCCUGCCACCCGGGGACAUAUACAACCUCACAGUCACCGCCUGCACGGAGCGUGGCAGGAACACAUCCAUGCCACACAUCAUCAAACUGGAGCCGGCACCUCCCAGGUCCCUGUACGCGGUGAACACCACACACUCUUCUGUGACCCUGCUUUGGGUUGAGGAAGGAGUGGUGGACUUCUACCAGGUGCUCUGCAAGCAAGUCGGCCCCAGCAAGGAGCUCAGAGCGAAGGAGCCCCAGGCGGUCCAUUCCCACGUGGCGACCAUCGCUGACCUCCUGCCCUCAACGUCGUAUAACUGCAGCGUGACCAGCUACAGCUACAGCACCCCCAGCGAGCCUGCUUAUAUAGCCGUCUCCACCCCAGCACGGGAGAUGAACCCCAGCGUGGCAGCCAUCUCGGCUCUGGCCGUCCUCAGCUUCCUCCUCCUCAGCCUCCUCAUCCUCAUCUUCCUCGUGCUCCGCAAGAAGCACCUGCAGAUGGCCAGGGAGUGCGGGGCCGGAACCUUUGUUAACUUUGCCUCGUUUGAGAGGGACGGAAAACUGCCAUACAACUGGCGAAGAAGCCUCUUUGCCUUCCUUACACUUCUGCCAUCCUGCCUAUGGACUGACUAUCUUUUGGCUUUUUAUAUUAAUCCUUGGAGCAAGACUGCUUUGAAGAAAAGGAAGCUAACAAGCCCUGUCCAGUUAGAUGACUUUGAUGCCUACAUCAAAGACAUGAGCAAAGACUCUGCCUACAAAUUCUCCCUGCAGUUUGAGGAGCUGAAGAGCGUGGGUCUAGACCUGUCCCACGAUGCCGCCGACCUGCCCGUCAACCGAGUCAAGAACCGCUACACCAACAUACUGCCCUACGACUUCAGCCGCGUGAAGCUGAUCUCGAUGCACAACGACGAAGGAUCGGACUACAUCAACGCUAAUUACAUUCCCGGAUACAGAUCUCCGCGCGAGUACAUCGCCACCCAGGGCCCGCUCCCAGAAACCCGCAAUGACUUCUGGAAGAUGGUUCUGCAGCAGAAGUGCCGUGUCAUCGUCAUGCUCACGCAGUGUAACGAGCGCCGCAGGGUGAAGUGUGAUCACUACUGGCCGUUCACGGACGAGCCGGUGGCGUAUGGCGAGAUCACCGUGGAGAUGCUCUCUGAGAAAGAGGCUCCAGAGUGGACAGUGAGGAACUUCAGACUGGGCUAUGCGGACGAGACGCAAGACGUCCUGCACCUGAACUACACGUCCUGGCCUGACCACGGCGUCCCCACGGUCAACGCCAUCGAGAGCAUCCUGCAGUUCGUGCAGAUCGUCCGGCAGCAGGCGGCCAGGACGAAAGGGCCCGUCGUGGUCCACUGCAGUGCGGGCGUCGGAAGGACAGGGACGUUCAUCGCUCUGGACCGCCUGAUGCAGCACAUCGCCGAGCACGAAUACGCCGACAUCCUGGGGCUGGUGUCCGAGAUGCGCUCGCACAGGCUGUCCAUGGUGCAGACGGAGGAGCAGUAUGUGUUCAUCCACCAGUGCGUCCAGCUGAUGUGGAGGAAGAAGAAGCAGCAGUCUGUCACCAGCGACGUCAUCUACGAGAACGUCAGCAAGUCAUAAUCACGCGAGCAGCGUCAAAAGUGAUUCACCCGUCCUCCUUUGCUUCUGGCUUUUGUUCUCCGCCGAGAGAUUCGUUCCAUCAUUGAUACCAAAAAAAAAGUCAACAACACAGCAUCAAAACAAAACGGGGAAAGGGAAAAAAAAAACACUUUUGUUCGAAAGGGUGGAAGAACGGGAUGGAACCUUGCCUUAAAGAGUCUUCGCCGACUGACGGACCACAUUCCCUGCGGGCCGGCCAUUUCGCUCUCAUCUCAUCUCUCCCCCGGACCGAGCGGAGAGCUGCCUGAGAGGAACUGACAUGGGGUAGCCACGGGAGCAGGGCUGUCUCCUCGGGCAGCGUCUCUAUCUCCGACAAAAACGGCAACGAGUGACACGUCCAGCUCAGAACAGGAAGCCGUCCCUCUAGUGGCGCAACAGUGGAACUGCUGAUUAGUCGGCGACAAAAAAAUUGAAUAUUGUUAGUUUAUGUUGAUCUCAGGAUUAGCCGAAACACAGCUAACAGGUAUCCUUCCGUCCUUUAUUUCCCCAUCUUCUAUCUGUGUUAUCACCUUGCCGUGGUAAAAAAAGGAAACCCCAGCAAGUUUGAGGGAGUGUUACGUGUUAGCCGAGAGUAGUUGUUCACAGAGAGCUGACUGUUUUUUCCCCACUCAUUGUAAGCCAUUCACACAGUAGCUUUAGCGUUCACACAUCUUUUAGCAGCCGCGGUGAGUCGUUACCCAUAGUGCCACAGCAGCGUGAGCAUCGUCAGUCAGGGAACGGCGCCAGCGAUCGGAAAUCUCACUGCCACCCCACCGUGGGUCAUGUAUCUAAUCUGUGUAUUACUAUACUGUGCGAACAGCUUGAAAAGACUUCUUUUCCAUGCAUCGUGUGUACACUGUGGAUCGUCUGGGCUUGAGAAAACACGGGAAUGUUCCUGAAGAGGGGAAGCUCGGCGCCUCACGGCGAGCUGCCCGGGCGACCGCCGCACCGGCGUAGCGAACAUGGCGGAAGUCUGCGGUUUAUAGCUGCAUCUGUUGAAUUCCACAGGGAGUGUGCAGCACUUGAGCGAGCUUUGCCCUGAGGAACACAUCAUUACCGUGAAUGGUGUGAAUCACGUGGAGACGACGGACAGGAAAAGGAAGACAGGAAGUACAAGAGGGAUGGAGUCAGCUGUAUGUAAUUUGCAUAUUAUGAAUAUGCAGUUUAAGCACUUAUGCCUCCUGUGUAUGAAAACGUUGACCCUCCCUAAAAGGGAAGCUUCCAUAAUACUGCUGUAAUACUACUGUACUGUAACAGGGCCUGUAGCAGGUCACCGGGGGUAAGGAUCGGUUGUUUGCUGAGGGUUUAAAGUUUUUGGCUCCCUUCUGUAUCACUGUAUCUGCCUGGAUUUUCACCAUUCCUACAGUGUGUCUGUAUUGGUGCUCUGCAGAAAUAGAACCGGACUGCACUCCUAUUGAAGCAUAUAGUUCAAACACAGAGCUGUCUUGAUCAGAAAAAUCCCUGUAAUGAUGUUUACAACAGAUCUGUGUGGUAGGUUUUAUAUGUGUGUAUAUAUAUAUAAAUAUAAAAGAUGGGUCAAAGUUAGGCACCCAACUCUGAAUCUUCACCUCUUCACCACUAGAGUAGAAGGUGCAAGUUAAUUUUGGAGGAACUGCCAGUUUGGUCAGGAGGUGGUGAAGAAAAAAUGAAGGAAAUUUGUGUUGUACCAGUUAAUGCCACCUUGAAACUAGAAAACAACACAAUGUGGGUGUGUUUUGCAGUGUCACACAGGUCUGAUAUGCCUUACAUGAACAGUUUCUUUCACAAAUUCCUGAUGCGAAGUAUUGAGCUGCUUUGUCCUGGGUAACUGAGAGUGGGGCUGACUGAGUGUAAUCUGAGCAUCGAGCACGGCAUGGAAUGCAGCCGGGUGUAGAGAAUCAUUGUGUGUAGAGAAUCAUUGUCUCUGGCCCCCUUUUUUAUCUCAUAUAUGACUAUUUAAGCAGAAAAAAUCCAGACGAGGACCCCCCUCCCCCUGUGUAUCCAGGAAGCACAGUGCCAUUUUGAUGAAGCGUCCGCCCCUCAGCCUGCCUGCGUCGAAUCCCCUCUUGGCCGGAAUGCUCUCUAGUGUGUUUCUCAGACCAGAAAGAAUAACAGGUUGUCAUGUAUAGAUAGGUGCACUUUUCACAGUUCUCUCUUGUUCAGCGUGUGUCCAGUCCAGACUGUUCCUAAUUGGUGCCAUUCGUGUGCAUUUUUGUCACUUGCUA